AUGGCUGAAAUGAACCUGAUACAGCUGGCCUUUCAGCAAAACAAUGCUGUUGAAGAUGAGGAUGAUGUUCGCGAUAAAAAAAACGGCGGAACCGGCUUCCGGCUCUUCUUAGAGGAUUCGCGACCCUCAAGCGUCUUGGUCGGCAAGGACCUCAAAGUCGUCGGCGUUAUCGACUGGGAAUUUGUUUAUGCAGCUCCGUCAGAGUUCUCCUUCGAUCCUCCCUGGUGGUUUUCUUGA